GCAGAACGGGCAGGAUAAUGUAUUCUCAAACAACUGGCAGCAGCCGCAGCAGCAGGAAAAUCAGGGGGAGCAGGAGCAGGAGCCGCAGCGACAACCGUUAGUGAAUUUCGCGCCGCAACAACUCCCUCAGCAGCAGCGGCAGGAGCGAGGACCGGAGCAGCAGCAGCAGCAACAGCAGCAAGAGCAGGAGCAGCAGCAGCGGCAAAGCCAAGAGCAGCAGCAGCAGCAAGAGCGGCAAAGCCAAGAGCAGCAGAAGCAGGAUGGCCUCUCGAGUCCUCAAGACGAUCCACGUCCUCGGGAUUUCACCGGGUUGGAUGAUUCUCAGCUGCACCUGGUGGUGCACGAGACGUGCAAGCUGGAGAAGCUGGGCGGCAGGAAAAAGGACGGCUACGGCGCAUGGACGCUCUGCACCAAUCACCUGCGGCCAGGUGGCAUAGUGUACUCGUUUGGGAUCGGCGGCGACGUGACGUUUGACAAUGAGAUGGUGAAUAGAGGCUACAAGGAGCGCGAUCAACCCUCCACUUUCCAAUUCUGCCAGGUUGGGAUUGGGGCUGUAGAUGGCAUCAUCACCUUCUUCAGUCCCAAGAAUCCCCGCCUGAAAUCCAUGACAGCUGUCAAGCAUGAGGAGCUGUCAAAGCGGUACGAAAGCCAAGGCAUGCCGGCCCCAGUUAUGCGGUUACCAACAUUCAUGUGCACGAACGGCCAUGGCUUCAUUGAUGUGUUGAAGAUUGAUGUGGAAGGGGUUGAGUUUGAUAUCUGUGAUGAAUGGUUAAGGAUGGACACUCCACUCCCGGUUGGCCAGGCGUCUUCGGGUGAGUUCUCCACUCCCUCCCUUCCUCUUCCCCUCCUCUUCCCCUCCCCUUCCCCUCCCCUUCCCCUCCCCUUCCCCUCCCCUUCUUCUCCCCUUCCCCUCCCCUUCCCCUCCCCUUCCCCUCCCCUUCCCCUCCCUUUCCCCUCCCCUUCUUCUCCCCUUCCCCUCCCCUUCCCCUUACCCUCCCCUUCCCCUCCCCUUCCCCUCCCCUUCCCCUCCCCUUCCCCUCCCCUCCCCCUCCCCGUCCCCUUCCCACGAAGCCUCGAAAAGCACAUACUCAACAUUCAUGGGUCCAUCCUAGGUGGCUGUAGAACCCCCACUCCCCCGGCCUCUCUUCCCCCCAAAUCCCCUUCCCUAUCGACCCAGACCACCCCACCUUCCAGCCUGCACCCCAUGCCCUUCUUCUGCACGUGCCACGAUGACUCAGCAUUCAUGAGGCCAGCCCUGCACCUGCACCCCAAGCCCCACGUGCUGCCCUUCUUCUGCACGUGCUCCCCUUCUUCUGCACGAGCCACGAUGACUCAGCGCUGCCUGCACCCCAAGCCCCACGUGCUGCCCUUCUUCUGCACGUGCGACGAUGACUCAGCGCUGAUGGAGGACAGCCUGGCGCGCUGCCAGGUGGCGAGCGACUUCCUAAUCGCGCUGGCAUACCUGUCCAUCCCACUCGAGCUCGCAUACUUCACAUUGAGGGCCAGGACCUUCUCACACCGCUGGGUCAUGCUGCUCUUCAGCCUCUUCAUUGUUCUCUGUGGUCUGACUCAUUUGGUGAAUGUGUGGACGUAUGGUGCACACCCGCGGCAGCUGAGUGUGGUGCAGACGGUGCUCAAGGUGCUCUGUGCUGCUGUCUCGUGGGGCACAGCCUUUGUGCUCUUCACCAUCAUCCCCUCGCUGCUCAAGUUCAAGGUGCGAGAGCUUUCGCUGCAGCACAAGGCUGCACAGUUGGAUAGGGAGAUGGAUGCAAUUCGGAGAAGGGAGGAGGUGGGGCGGCAUGUGCGCAUGCUGACAUACGAGAUCCGCCAGUCCCUGGACCGCCACACCAUCCUCAACACCACGCUAGUGGAGCUCGCCCAGGCUCUCAUGCUGGAGAACUGCACUGUGUGGAUGCCAGACCCUUCGGGAGAGUAUUUGGAGCUGACACACGAACUGGAGAGAAGGCUGGUGCAGGUGCCCAUUUGCGUGCACAUAUUGGACCCGAGCGUCCAAUCAGUGAUCGCCACGUCAAACCCGUGCCUCAUCUCCCGAUCCUCCUUCAUUGGCUCGGCGUCCACGCCCCGAGGGGCCCAUGCGAACGCCAUGGCAGCUGUUCGUCUUGCAAUCCACAUGCCCACACACUCCCGUGCUUCACGAUCCAGCCAGCAAGGGGAUGACGGUGCUGCUGCUGCUGCUGCGGCUGCAGCUGGUGCCGCUGGUGCUGUCGGUGGUGCUGGUGGUGGUGGUGGCAAUAAUGGUGCGGAUAGUGACGGAUUUGCUGGUAGCGAAGCUGCUGAUAUGGAGCAGUGGCAGCCCCGCGAGGUGGAGAUGGUGGAGGCAGUGGCGGACCUAGUGGCCAUCGUCUUACUCUCACUCCUGUGUCCCUCCCCCACCUGCCCCCCUCUCUCCCAUGCCAUGUGCAAUCGCCAUGUCCCUUCCUUAUCCAGGCAGUGGCAGCCGCAUGAGGUGGAGAUGGUGGAGGCAGCGGCAGACCAAGUGGCCAUCGCCUUCCUCUCACUCCUGUGCCUCUUCCCACCUCUUCCGUGCCCAUUUCACAUGAUUGUCCCAAACUCUCCUUUCAGGCAGUGGCAGCCUCAUGAAGUGGAGAUGGUGGAAGCAGUGGCAGACCAAGUGGCCAUCGCGCUCUCACAUGCAGCAGCCCUGGAGGAGUCGCAGAGGCGCAGGGAGGAGAUGGCGGAGCAGAAUGCGGCGCUGCAGGUGGCGCGGAUUAGAGCAGAGGAGGCGAUUCAAGCAAGGAACGACUUCCGGUCCGUCAUGAACCACGAGAUGCGGAGCCCUCUGCACACCAUCCUCGCGCUUUCCUCGCUCAUGGAGGAGGAUGAUCUAACAGAUGAGCAAGGGCCCAUGGUGGCCACUCUCUCUCGCAGCGCCUCCAUGCUCACAUCCCUCAUCUCCAACGUCAUUGGGGUGGCCCAGCGCCAAGAGAUCAAUCUUGUGUUGGAGCACCGUCCAUUUGACCUGCGAAGAAUGCUGCACGACGCAGCGUCGCUGGCAUGGCCCAUGAUGCGAGCCAAGGGGCUGAGCUUCUCCGUGGUGAUUGCCAGGGAGGUGCCUCGGCACGUGGUGGGGGACGAGCGGCGACUGCUGCGCGUGGUGCUGCACAUUAUAGGGCAUGCCAUCGACUCCACUGAUGAGGUAAGUCGGAGGGGUGCUGCACAUUAUAGGGCAUGCCAUCGACUCCACUGA